AUGGACCAUCUUCGAGUGGCCGGCAGUAGUAACACUACCACGGUUUACCUUCCGUCAUCCGAUGAUUGGCCACGUGAUAUCGCGGAUUACACUGGGAAGAGAAUAAAAAUGGUCGUGGAGAACCUCAAAAUCCCUGAUAAUAUUUGCCCGAAAAACAAAUUAGAAAGCAAACGUAUGUCACGGGAAAUCUUCCAUUACACAGCAACAAAUAAUCCGCUAAUUCGCCAAUUCACGAAGGUGAACAUCGUCCUGCAACAGUAA